AGGAGGAGGAGGAGGAGGAGGAGGGAGAGACGCAGAGGAAGAAGGAGAGGAGAUCUCACUGCCUCCUAGCUGACAGCCCGCAGCCCGCCCGAUGCGAGAGAAGCUCCCCCGGUAUUAGUAUGGCCACCACUGCCACCUGCACCCGCUUCACGGACGAAUAUCAGCUGUAUGAGGAGCUGGGCAAGGGUGCCUUUUCUGUAGUAAGAAGAUGUGUGAAGAAAUCUUCCAGCCAGGAGUAUGCCGCAAAGAUUAUCAACACCAAAAAGUUGUCUGCUCGCGAUCACCAGAAGUUGGAGCGGGAAGCCCGGAUAUGCCGCCUUUUAAAGCACCCCAAUAUUGUACGUCUCCAUGAAAGUAUUUCAGAAGAAGGUUUCCAUUAUCUUGUUUUUGACCUGGUCACUGGCGGAGAGCUGUUUGAAGACAUUGUGGCAAGAGAAUAUUACAGCGAGGCAGAUGCCAGCCACUGUAUUCACCAGAUUUUGGAGAGCGUCAACCAUAUUCAUCAACAUGACAUUGUUCACAGGGACCUGAAGCCAGAGAAUCUGCUGCUUGCCAGUAAAUGCAAGGGGGCUGCAGUGAAACUAGCUGACUUUGGACUUGCCAUAGAAGUCCAGGGAGAUCAGCAGGCUUGGUUUGGUUUUGCAGGCACACCUGGAUACCUUUCACCAGAGGUGUUAAGAAAAGACCCCUAUGGAAAGCCAGUGGAUAUCUGGGCAUGUGGGGUGAUUCUGUACAUUCUACUAGUAGGUUACCCUCCAUUCUGGGAUGAAGAUCAGCAUAAACUCUAUCAACAGAUCAAAGCUGGAGCAUAUGAUUUUCCAUCACCUGAGUGGGACACUGUAACUCCUGAAGCAAAGAAUUUAAUCAAUCAGAUGCUGACAAUAAACCCUACAAAGCGGAUCACUGCAGAUCAGGCUCUGAAGCACCCAUGGGUCUGCCAACGAUCCACAGUUGCCUCCAUGAUGCACAGACAAGAGACAGUUGAAUGCCUGCGAAAGUUCAAUGCCCGAAGAAAGCUUAAAGGUGCAAUUCUAACAACCAUGCUGGUGUCUCGAAAUUUUUCAGUUGGCAGGCAGACCUCCGCCCCCGUUGUGGCCGCCACCAGUGCUGCCAACUUGGCUGAGCAAGCAACCAGGAAUCUGUUGAACAAAAAGACAGAUGGAGUCAAGAAAAGGAAGUCAAGUUCCAGUGUGCAUUUAAUGCCGCAGACCAACAACAAAAACAGCAUAGUAAGCCCAGCAAAAGAAAACCCCCCAUUGCAGACAACAAUGGAACCUCAAACAACUGUUGUCCACAAUGCAACAGAUGGCACAAAAGGGUCCACUGAGAGUUGCAAUACCACCACUGAAGAUGAAGAUCUGAAAGCAUCUUUUUGCUGUUCGGGUGAUGGACCGUUGCUUCUCCAAGGAUGGAGUCAAAGUGAAAGCAAUUUACAGACUCAAUCCAUGCAGUCCCAGUUUGGUGUGUGUGGCUCAGCUACUACCCAAUCUUGUGAAGACAAACUGCUUGCCUGGGACAGCCCAGGCCAGACACUGGAGAUUGAGCAUGCUCAGCCGGAGCCUGUGCUUACUCCAGUUGUACCAUUUUCUCUUAGCAGUUCACUAUUACGCAAACAAGAGAUAAUCAAGAUAACCGAACAGCUCAUCGAAGCGAUCAACAAUGGGGAUUUUGAUGCAUACACCAAGAUUUGUGACCCAGGAUUGACUUCAUUUGAACCAGAAGCUCUUGGUAAUCUUGUUGAAGGAAUGGACUUCCAUAAAUUUUAUUUUGACAACUUGCUGUCUAAAAACUCCAAGCCUAUUCAUACCACCAUCCUCAAUCCGCAUGUUCAUGUGAUUGGAGAAGAUGCAGCCUGCAUCGCCUAUAUCCGCCUGACGCAGUACAUUGAUGCCCAGGGACGGCCACGUACCACACAGUCUGAAGAGACUAGGGUGUGGUACCGCAGAGAUGGCAAAUGGCUGAACGUCCACUACCACUGUUCCGGAGCUCCAGCAGCCCCACUCCAGUGAGGAAACAAUACAGCUUUUCCACUGGAAGAAACUCUUCUUAGCGAGCGAGUCUGGAUCGCCCUGAACGACAGCAACAGUCCUGUUCGUUCUGAAGUUUUAAAAAAGAAAAAAAGUAAAUAAAAAUUUAAAAAAAAUAAAAAUAUUGAUGCCGGCAGUAGCCAAAAAUGCACGAAAAUCCUGCAUGCAUUCUGAGGCUGAAGCAGCUGCUGGCUAGUUGUUGUAAUUUCACGGAUCCAUCGUGUCUGUUCCUGCUGUACGGAGGUGUUUUUAAAAUUUCAAAGAGCAAAAAUUAACCUAUUAAAGAUUAAAAAGAGUUAAAUAGUAUUGUUUGUUAAAACCAGGCAGAUGAGAACAGGACUACAUUUAUAGAAUGGAAGGUAUUGGUAGCAGCCUCAGGCAAUCUAUGGUUUAGAUUACGAUGGAAAGGUACAGGUAGAUGUGUUUCAUUUCAGUAGCUGCUGAAUUACGCAAGCCUGAAUUAUUGACUUGCAGGUAAACACGUCAGCACAUUGUAUUAGGCAAAACCUUAGAAGAAGGUUUUGCAGAAUUUAUUUUCUUUUCUUCAAUUACUACUGUAGAAACCUUCCAGAUAUCUUCUUGGCUGACCUGCUUGAGGCUGAUCUUUGAACUCCAACAUAGCAAACGGCUGGUGGAGUUUUAUUGUUGGGCUCCCCCUGGCUCCUGCGAGAACGGAAAUAGAUUUUUGAUAGGAAAGGAACAGGCAGAAUAGGUGAAUAAUUUAUUGUAAGGCACAAAAACAUAUAGACUAAAAGGAUCAUAAUGUGCAUCCUGCAAAAGGAACAUUUCAUUAGUGGCAAUGUUGAUAUAAUUACUUGUUAUGAACUCUUUGAAAGUAAAAACUGCCAUGUUUUGGAAGGGGGUAGUGAUUGGAUGACUCCCCAUCCACCCCAUGAUAUCUGUGUUAAAGGGGGUUGAUCUAUUUUCACAGUGAUAAAGCUUUUAUGUACUAUUGAGCAGAUUGAUAAACUGUCUGCUUGUACGUCAUGAGUGAACACACUGCAAUUGGAUGCGUAGAGAAGUAUGCAUGUCUUUCUAUGCUUGCCUGCACCUUCUAAAUUAGUGUGUGGUCUGGUGGCCCAUCGUUUUUUUUUUUUUUUUUUGCAGGAAGGUGAACAGUGUCUGUUUAUAACUACAUUUUUGAGGGAAAAAAAGUCUUUGAGGUUAACAAAAUGAACCUAUAUUUUGUAUAACCUUAUGCCGUCCCUUAUACUCCCCAACCAGGAGUUGUUCUCGUAAUCUGUUCUACAAAAUUACAUUUAGUAUGGAAGAUUCUGUCUCAGCUUUUUGUGCAUCUGAGUCAGUUCUAUAAUUGGGAAGCUUUUAAUUUUCUCAGAUAUCUGUAUAUGAAACAGCAUUAAUGAGUGUUCAGUCUGGGUUCAAUUGCAUGUAUCGGCAGCAAAAUUACAAACAAACCUAUCUGUUCGGAAACAAGAAAAUAGCCUUUCGAGGCUGCUUAUAGUUGCAGCUUCACAUGUGCACAUGCCGACACAAGCUCAUUAGGACAACUUCACUUUUUUGGACGCAUUAAUGAAGAAAUUUACAGACUGUUUAAUUGGUUUAAUUAGGGUGGAAUGGGAUGUUGUAUAACGUGAAAAUGAUGCACAAAUUUGGGGUUCUUGUCCAUUGUUUUUCUGGGUGCAUGUAAUGUUGUGUCAAUCCCAGUUGCGGCAGCAAGGAAUUAAGGAAUGCAUCUACAUGUUGAAGAAGCUAUGUUUAUGGAGAUUUCCACAUGGAUAAAGCAUGUUCUCCAGAAUUUCUGAGAUGAUGAUCAUGGCCGAGAGCAUUUUGAAAUUUAAAGACAAACACUUCUUUGUGGGUAGUUUGAAGGUAAAUUGGAUAAUGUCGACAAGAGUAAAGCUGGGAUUAAUUCAGAAUAUUAGAGCAUUUGGAGGGCUUGUGUGAAAUAAGAGCACAUGGGGGAAAAAAUAUUUUCAUGUUUUUGUUGUUGUUUGUUUUCGUAGAGGAGGGGGUUGGUUUUUUUUCCCCUAAUUUUUUUUUUCACUAAAUCUUAAUGUGGAAAACUAAACUAAAAGCUCUUGGCUUUUUAACAGAUAAAACAAAACAUAAAGGGAAAAAACAAACAGGAAAUGAAAAUAUAUGCAGUUUAAUAAAUAAAAAAUAAAGUUAUGCAUGUCUUUAGGUCUGCUCCUUCACUGUCUGUUUACUUGAUUAAUACUAUGAGGAUCGCUCUGUAUUUAGUGCAUCUUUCUAAACAAACCUUUUUUUUUCCAUAUUUUAUUUAUAAUUUUUUUUUUUGCACUGUCUUUGGGAAAAACAAAAAAAAACAGUUUUACUUUUUAAGUUAAUGAAAAAUCUUAGCUUGGUAUGGUCAUUAUCUGACAAAGCAGUACACUUUUAGCAUUGUUACUGUUAUCUUAUGGGGCUAAUGUAAGCAUAUAUAUAAUAUAUAUUAUAAAUAUUACGUUUUAAACAAGACUUGGAAAGGCAUUUGAUGCAGAAUCUUUGCAUGAUAAUAGAAAAAUAAAACAAUUACCCUGUGUUUGUUUGUUCUGAAUGUUGGUAGAUCUUCAUAGCUUUGUUACAUUGAAACCUUGGACAAGAGGUAUUUAAUAAAAUAACAUUUAAACAGUG